AUGCAUAUCUCUUCGCUUCUUCUGACCACCCUCGUCUCGGCGGCCAUGGCCGCCCCUGCUACCAGCGUGUCAAUGAUGGCCGCCGGCCCUGAAUGGACUAUCGAGAACCUGAAGCGUGUCUGCAACGCCAAGGACACUUCGUGCACCUGGACCUUUAGCAUCGAAGUCGGUUCGGCCGCCGCUGCUGCUACCGCUUGCACCUAUGUUGUGAAGGGCACCGACGCCUCCGACGCUAACGGAGGGCCUGUUAAUUGCGGCGACUAUACUAUCACUUCGGGCUGGAGCGGCCAGUUUGGUCCGGGCAAUGGCUUCACUACCUUUUCCGUUGUCGACAACGUUAAACGCCAAAUUAUCUGGCCCGCUUACACCGACGUGCAGGUCCAGGGUGGCAAGGUCGUCAAGCCUAACCAGAGCUACGCUCCCGCUGCUCUCCCUUGA